CCGUACUGAUAAUGUCCGCUUAGUAAUCGGAGCCUUCUGUCGAUCUCUCCCUCCCUCUCUCUCUUAGCAAAGAAGAUAUCCGAGGAAGCGCGAGAAUCGCUUCUUCUUCUUCUUCUUUUUUCCAAAAGGUUCACUGCUCGUUCCGUUCUGCGCUUCCUUCGUUGCCGUUCGUUUGAUUCCUGUGCUUUCUGACUUUCUUGAGGUCGAUCGGCUGGUUUAAAAAUUUGUACAAGUUUAAAGAGUUCAAAGUAAGAACAAUCUCCCGGUUGAUGGAGAAUGCGCACUUGAAAACAGUUUGGCUGGCAUUUGUUGUGUUGCGUCUCUUUUCGGUGCUGCCAACCUCGGCUGGCCUCACUGAUGUCCAACAUGUUUUUGCAAUCAACAGUUUGUACACGGCACUAGGCUCUCCCCCACUUCCCGGAUGGGUUGCUUCUGGUGGAGAUCCCUGUGUUGAGAAUUGGCAGGGCGUGCAAUGCACCGGACCCAAUAUAACUGAAAUAAUUCUUACUGCCGCAAAUCUGGGAGGACGGCUUGGUGAUGAACUGGGAAACUUUACCACACUUACAACACUGCAACUGAGCAAUAACCAGAUUGGAGAGAGCAUUCCAGACAACCUUCCUCCUAAUUUGCAGCGGCUUUUCCUUUCCGCAAAUCAGUUUACUGGAAGCAUCCCAACCACCUUAGGAGAACUAACUCUUCUGACAGACAUGUCGCUCAACAUGAAUCACCUAACAGGGCCGAUUCCGGAUGUUUUCCAAAACCUUGGUGGUCUUAUAAACUUGGAUCUUUCAUCAAACAAUUUGAGUGAUCACCUACCAGCCACUUUUGCCGAUUUGUCAUCUUUGGCUACAUUGAAGUUGCAAAAUAACCAGCUAUCUGGAACUCUUGAUGUCUUGGAAGAUCUGAAACUGCAAAAUUUGAACAUAGAGAACAAUCAAUUCUCUGGACCAGUGCCUCCACAGAUGCUCAGCAGUAUUCCAAACUUCAGUAAAGAUGGAAAUCCAUUUAAUGUAACUCCUCCUGGGGCAUCACCAACAGGACCACCAUCCCCAUUCUUCUCUGAGUUGCCAGCGACUCCAGUUACUCCCCAGAAUAAUUCAGAAGGAUCAUCACAGAGUAUAAAAUCCCACAGUUUGAGUGUUAACAGAUUCUUCACCACCGGCAGGACAGUUGGGCUGGUGUUUGCAAUACUUUUGGCAAUUGGUGUAGUAAUUUUAGCUGUUUGUAUAUGUGUAUCGUGGUUCAGAGACAGACCUGAUGUCAUAAGUAGAUAUGAGGGAAAAGAUAAGGUACCUACCUAUAGAGAACCUGAAAAAAAACAUCCAAAAAGUGAGGCUUUGAUGCAAAAAGACUGUGACAUUGUGAAAGCUACAGAUGGAGUUGUGAGGAGGAAGAUGAACCACGUGAUUGAAAUGACCAAGGUAGAUGCCACUUAUAAGCUUCCUCCUGCUGAGAAGACUACACCUCCUAGUACUGGAGAAAAGCCUGACCAGAGACUUGAAUCAGAAAAACAAAUUUAUCAUGUACCCUGUGUUGCUUCUUACACUGGUCCUGGCCCUCAGGAGUCCUCUGAGCCAAAACCACAGAAGCCACAUGUUCCAGUUCCCGGAGUUGUAUCUUUUACAAUUUCAGACCUUCAACAAUUCACAAAAAGUUUUGGGCAGGAAAACUUAAUUGGUGAAGGCUCCUUGGGAAGCGUUUAUUUGGCAGAGCUCCCUGAUAGAAAGCUAUUGGCUGUUAAGAAGCUGGACAUGUCAACAACAACCAUGUUGCAUGCAGAUGAAGCAUUUAUAAAGCUGGUCUCUACUGUCUCCAAAUUGAAUCAUGCAAAUAUAAAUAAACUUGUGGGAUACUCUGUAGAGCAUGGACAAAGAAUACUAGUUUAUGAGUAUUGCACUAAUGGGACCCUGCAUGAUGCACUCCAUUUAAUGGAUGAAGAUAACAAAAUACUGCCAUGGAAUGCUCGAAUAAAGCUGGCUCUUGGUGUCGCACGGGCUCUGGAGUAUAUGCAUGAGGUUUGUCAACCACCACUAGUUCAUCGGAACUUGAAGUCUGCUAAUGUUCUUCUUGAUGAUGAUUUUUCUGCACAUGUUUCUGACUGUGGUCUGGAUUCCAUAUAUACAGGUUCUUGUGCUAGUCAGGUCUCAUCACAUAUGCUAGGUUCAUUUAGUUAUGGGGCACCAGAGUACACAAUGUCUGGUGUUUAUAAUAUUCAGAGUGAUGUUUAUAGCUUUGGAGUGGUGAUGUUGGAACUUCUGACAGGUCGAAAGCCCUUGGACAGGAGACGUCCACGAGCAGAGCAAUCUCUGGUAAGGUGGGCAAUUCCCCAGCUUCAUGACAUUGACGCAUUAUCAGGAAUGGUUGAUCCUGCUCUUGAAGGUGUUUACUCUGUCAAGUCAUUGUCACGAUUUGCAGACAUUAUUUCAUUGUGUCUUCAGCCGGAGCCAGAGUUUAGGCCACCAAUGUCUGAGAUUGUUCAAGCCCUCGUGCGCAUGACUAAGAGAGAGUCUGCAUCUUCAAGGCAAUCAUGUGAUGAUUCCUCAACUAGUCUUCCUGACCCAGCACAGUUAUAAAUGAAGCUUCUCUGCAUGUAGUUUUCCUGACCCAGCAUAGUUAUAACUGAAGCUUCUGCGGUUGUUCUUCUACUCUUCAGUUUUCUAAUCACACUUGAGCAGCUGACCAGUUCCAUUUGCUGUGCCAUUGCCAUGCUACAUAAAUAGGCCAUGGCACCGAGCAACAAUCAACUGUACAGCCCACUUUUGGACCAGACUCCAGAGGAAGCAUUCGUUGGUAACAAUCGGAUGAUUGGUGCUUCAUUUUUUCCUCUGAACUGAUUGAUUUUAUGACAUUCAAUUUUAUCUUCUUCAUUAUUUUUUAUCGUCACAUUCUUUUUUAUCUGGAUGUGCCUCGAAUACUGAUAAAGGGCUUUACGUUGGUUCUAUGUAUCCAGCUAUGCUGAUUGUAGUAGGUGCACCUUUAACUUCUAAGACUCCACUAAUAAAUUAGAAUUUCUUGUUUCUUA